AUGCCGAUUUCCUUCCGUAAAGAGAAGCCGAUCCGCGAUCACGCAUACAUAAAGGCACUCGGCACCCUAAAGGGUGACAAAUACCAAUGGGAAGUCGACCUCGAACAAUCUGGGGAUAUAAAUACUCUCCAAAGAUAUCGCUUGAUUCAAUACGGGAGGCAAGUUAGAAAAGACAAAUCCGCGCCUCCUUUUAACUUGCAUAAGCUUUUGUUUGUGGAGGAAGACCUCCGAGAAGUUGUCCAAGAAGAGAUAUCCUUUAAAGAGGAACAUAAGACCUUGAAUAAGGAUGCCGAAGAGAGACUCUCUGCUCUUAAUGUCAAAUACUGGCUCUUGAUGCAAACGUGGGUGGAUUAUCGUUCUUGUCUAGAACAGGGGUAUCUACAAAGAGCGUUUGAGCUAUGGCGGUCCCAUCCUCAAUGGUAUAUGGACCGUAUGCUUGUUGAUGAUUGUGCUAGCCGACAGGGAUGCUGUGCUCGUGCGUGUGGAUGUUGUCUUAACCGUAGUAUUGAUCCUGCGCAUACGCUUGGAGUUGGACAUUGUACUUUUGAAUGUGGUUGUUGUCGGAGAGCCCGAGGCUUUGAGAUUCCCGAAGAAGAUAAGAAAUUGCUGAAAGCACGACGCCGUGAGGAAAUGAGCCAUUUUCCUACGCACCGAAUUAUACGAGUCACGAUAUGGGGACUUGUCGGUGAUAGCUAUGAUAGUCCGUUUGAUAUGAUUGAUGCGCCACCAACCUAUGGACAGAUUACAAAUGGCAAGGCUUCUGUAAAGAAGAGGGAUAAGACUCGCUGA